AUGCCCCUCCCCAGUGAGUCCCACAGGGGCCUCGAAACUCAGCCUCCAGACCCCCAAGUCCCCUCGUCUAACCCUGGCGGGCAGGGACCACUGGCCACCUUGACCUGGUUCCCCUCCCUGCCCAGCAACACCCUGACCUACCGCGUGGCCCUGGGGAAGAACGACCUGACAGUGGACGAGGAGGGCUCCCUGUUCGUGGGCGUGGACACCAUCUAUGUCCACGAGAACUGGAACUCCUUCCUGGUGCGCAAUGACAUUGCCCUCAUCAAGCUCGCAGAGCCUGUGGAGCUGAGUGACACCAUCCAGGUGGCCUGCCUGCCAGAGAAGGACUCCGUGCUGCCUCAGGACUUCCCCUGCCUUGUCACUGGCUGGGGUCGCCUCUGGACCAAUGGCCCCAUCGCUGACGAGCUACAUCCCAAGAUCACACAGCCAACCCAGAGCUAUCCUGAUGCCCCAGGACUCCCAGAACCAGGCCAAGGCAGCCCCACGCCACACUUCUGUGCCUCCCUCACCAGAAGCAGGCUGAGGCCAACAGUGGGUACUGAAGCUGACAGCUCAGCACAUGCCCGCCCCAGCCCACUGCUCAGUCCCCAGCCUGUCCCUGGGGGAGGCCUGGGGACUGAUGCCUGCUGGGGUCACCUGCAGGGGGACUCGGGCGGCCCGCUGAACUGCCAGGCGGAGGACGGUGCCUGGGAGGUGCAUGGCAUCGUCAGCUUCGGCUCCAGUAAGGGCUGCAACGUCCGUAAGAAGCCCGGAGUCUACACCCGCGUGUCUGCCUACAUCGACUGGAUCAACCAGAAAAUGCAGCUGUGAUUCGUCCCUGGGAACCGCGGCAGCCAGCCAAUCCCACAAGAGCAAUAAUAAACUUCCUUCCCUCAAAGUGGCCCGGACCUUGA